CUGUUGUCUAUGUGUUAAGUCAACAGAUAAAAAAUAAGAAGUGAUAAAGGAAAACAGAACAUUUUGUGCAAAAUAAUUUAAAACAUACAAAAUUUCAAGAACAAAAACGUUUUACCCCUGGUAAAUACAGCACGCUGGUUUGCCCGUUUUGAAAACUCCCAUACCAUUCAAUAUAAAGCCCUUUGUUGGGCUGAACAUACAUAAACAAUGGAUUCUUGCCUCGGUGUCGAACAAGAUUUGGACAAAGCUACUUCAAAAUUCACUGCCCUCAAUGACCAUACAAACAAAAUUUUAGAAGACCUAAUCAAUCAGGUUGAAGAAUUAAGGAGAGAGAUAUCUCAGCAACCUCCAAACACACCCUUAACACAAAACCAAGCAACGAUUGUAAAUGACCUGGUGUCAUCAGUCAAACAGUCAGUGUUCCAACUGUCUACAGAUCACCGUGAAUUGCACGCAACAGUGUCACGGGUGGGCAAGUCGAUUGACAGGCACUUCAUAGCGGACUAUGCGGCCGUAGCGCCCAAGGCUGAGUCCUUCUGCUCUGACACCAACAGACCCAUCAUGGAGCAGGCCAUCGCACAGCAUUUGUAUAGACAGGAUCUGGAAGAUGUAGGCGACUCGCUCGUAGGCGAGGCCCGAGUGGGCGUGUCGGAGCGCGGCAGCACCUUCGCUCAGCUGCAGCGAUGCGCCGCGGCGCUGGCGGCCGCCGACCCCGCGCCGGCGCUCGCCUGGGCCGCGUCCCGGGAACAUGACCUGACGCACUCGCCACUGCUUUUUACUCUACAUCGGAUGCAGAUGAUGAAGCUGGCGCGUUCGGAGGGCGUAUCGGCGGCUAUCGCGUACGCGCGCGCGCAUCUCGCGCCGCACGUGGCGCGCCACGAGCGUGCGCUGCGUGCCUGCAUGGGCGUGCUGGUGUGGUGCGCGCCCGCCGCGCCGCCCGCACCGCCGCCGCCGGACUACGCGCAUCUGCUCGACCUGAAGGCGUUGGGUGCGGAAGCAGGCGAGCUGUUCCUGCGCGAGGCGUGCUCACUUCUCCGGCUCGCGCCGCACUCGCCGCUGGCGGGCGCCGUGCUCGCGGGCGCACGCGUGCUCCCCGCGCUGCACGACAUCCGCGCCAAGAUGUCGCACCCGCACGUGCUCGCCGCCUGGGCUGACGACGAGUUGCCUCUCGAAGUGGAACUAGGCGAGGAGGGCGGCGGAUAUCACUCUGUGUUCGCGUGCCCCAUCCUGCGCCAGCAGGCGUCGGAUCACAACCCGCCCAUGCGCCUGCUUUGUGGACACGUCAUCUCGCGGGACGCGCUCAACAAACUCGCCAUGGGGCUCAAAUUGAAAUGCCCAUACUGUCCGAUGGAACAAUCGCCGUCAGAAGCCCGGCAGAUAUAUUUCUCAUAAAUUCACAGAAACUACGACAGAUUAUACUAAGCAUAUUAAGUUUAAUCGUUAAACAUUUCAAAUAAAUCUAGUGAGUAAAAGGUAGCACUUUUAAUGACGAUUUUUAUGACAUUUUAUAAGUGUAUAUGACCUUGAAUGUCACCUAAAUGUGUAGUGUUCUGAAAAAACGUAAUCGGAAUCGUAUAGUUACAUUUGGACUAACUGACGUAUACGUACAGUUCAAACCGAGUCUAGAAACUCGAGUUUUGCAUGUGGGUUCUCUCUUCUAAACCCAUGCGGACAAACAAAGCAACAGCUGGUAAAAGCUAGCUAAUAUUGCUACAUGUCAGAGAAUAAGGGUGUGUUUCCACCGAAACGCCUGAACAGGAAUGUAUGGGGUAUCAUUAGAAUUCGUACAUCAUCUCGAGUAACACUGGUCACUGAUAAAUUAAAAAAAAAAACAAUAUGGCAGGGCAGUUGUGUUUUUUUAUAACAUUAUAAUAAGACUUGUUUAAAUAAAAAAUAAUUA